ACGGCGAUAAAAACACGUUCGGUGUCUAAACCAAAUACCACCGUUCGAUAAAAGCGUCUAAUCCCUGAUGCUAAUUAUCUUUACGGGCUAAACGCUAAAAUGGAGGAUGUGAAAGUCACAGGUUUUUUUAAAUAGCAAAACAUGAGCACCAUAUCAUCCGAUGAAAACGUCUCACAUCUGCCAUUGUUUGACUCUAUAAGAAUCCUGUGGAACAAUCCUCUCUGUUGUCCGACAUGUGUGUAUAAUUAUUCCACGAGAUGGCUCCAAGUUUUAGCCAUCCGCCUUCUGUAGGUAUUCUCAUCAGAUGCAACCAGAAGUUUGAAGACAGCCACAUGGAGAUGUGCAAUCCAAAGGUUUCUGAACAUCUUGAAUAAGGCAGCAGACGAAUCAUUGGUGUCGAAUGGACUUUGUGAAGGGAUUGGUGAUCGUCGCUUGUAUCGUCCUAGCAAACCUAGUCAUCACCGAUGCCAGAAGAGGAAGACAGGUUCUGUCGUACGAGGACCAGCUGGUUCGGAAGAUCCUUAACAAGUACAAGAUGCGAGGCAAGUACAGCCGCCCCGUGGCCAGGUUCAACGACACGCUCACCGUCUACUUCGCCCUGCAGAUGACGCAGAUCAUGGACCUCGACGAGCAGGACCAGAUACUCACACUCAACAUCUGGGACCAGUAUGUGUGGCAGGACAAUGACGUCAAGUGGAACAAGUCUGAGUAUGGUGGAGUGGACAAAGUGAGGAUUCCCUGGAACAAGAUCUGGCUUCCUGACAUCAAACUACACAACUAUGCAGAUUACCGACUUGACGAACACAGGAAGGUCCUGUGUGUGUUCGAGCACACGGGCUCUAUACUGUGGAUGCCCCAGGCGGUGUACCGAAGCUCGUGUCCAAUAGACGUGACGAAAUUCCCCUUUGACGUUCAGAACUGCACCCUCAAGUUCGGUUCUUGGACUUACGACGGCGAUCAGCUAGAUCUGAAGUUCCUGGACAACAAGAACUACAUCGACCUCACGGCGUAUGUUGAGAGCAAUUCCUGGAUCAUCAUCGACGUUCCGGCGAUCCGUAAUGUAAAGAAGUACACGUGCUGUCCUGGGACGUUUAUAGACCUGCGCUACUACCUGAUCUUCCAGCGGAGAGCGACCCUCUACAACUACAUCCUCAUCCUGCCGUGCGUGCUGCUCACAUCCAUCACUCUCGUCCUCUUCUGGAUCCCGCCGGAGUCGCCAGCCAAGAUGCAGCUCGGUCUCAUUGUGUUUAUAGCGUUCUUCAUCUUGUUAAAAAUCUUAGACAAGAAUCUGCCACCGGGCACAUCGACAAUGCCCUUAUUAGGCACUUACUACUGUCUGAACAUGAUCCUCAUCACCCUGUCUGUGUUUCUAAACGUCCUCGUGGUCAACCUGGCAGCGUAUGGACACAGAGCCAACCUCCCAGCUCCUGCGAAACAGGUCCUCUUCGAUGUAUGCGCGAAAAUGCUCAUGAUGGGAGAUUUGGUGAAACCUUUACAAAAGAAUAAGUCUGGAAAUGAGCCUGCAGACUCUAGUUCCCUUGAAGCAUCUGCCGAACAGACGACGCCCAGCCAGGACCCUAAACCAUCAUCCGAGGUCCCAGCACCGCCCUCGAAGGAGAUGCUGAAUCAGUUGGGACACCUCACCGCGAUAGAUACAAAACUGUGUGAGAUUAGAGAAUUCAUUAACAUACUGAAAGGAAGAAUACAAGCAAAGGACAGGCGGGAAACUCUGAUUAAAGAGUGGAAAGCGAUCGGAUUAAUACUGGACCGGAUCUUCUUUGUCUUCUAUCUCUUGUUUAUAGUUAGCUGUUUGGUUGUGAUACUACCCAUGCUGACGUAUACGAAAGUGCCCGAAAAUUCGAUGUUACAAAUUGCCAAAGGUGGGUGAGUGACGGUCUUAAAAUCGAAGAAAAUUAGUUGGUAACUCGGCUUGUUCUGUGAUCCAGCCUUGUACUGAUACAAAUACUUUUGCGAUCAUGGUUGCGACCAUGGUGUACUGAUACAUCGUGUUGAUCGGUGGAUGCAUGUAUAUUAUUCUUAAAUCUAUUUAACACUAUCUACAUAUUUGUUUCACUAUUUGAUAACUCUCUCUCUCUCUCUCUCUCUCUCUCUCUCUCUCUCUCUCUCUCUCUCUCUCUCUCUCUCUCUCUCUGUGUGUGUGUGUGUGUGUGUGUGUGUGUGUGUGUGUGUGUGUGUGUGUGUGUGUGUGUUUAAGAGACGAAUAUCUAGAGCUAUUUCGUUUUGUCACUUUGUGUUUUUAAAUUUUAUAGAGUUCUAAACAUUAAAUAUUGACUUGUAUUCGUCCUAUCUGUUUUGUACCAGCACCUUUCAUGAUGUCUGUACAUUGUUGUUAUAUACGUGUAUGUCAAAUGAUGAGCUUUAAAUGCUCAGGAUUAAUAAAUAACUGAAUAGAAUCCACGAACUUUAAUACACCUCAGUGUAUAGUGAUAUCACACAUUUGUUCUAUUUAUGCAAUAAAGUAUUAUGUUGUU